GACCCCGCUCAAGGCCGGCCUUACCCCCCUCCCCCUCCCCCCCUCCCCCGGCUUCCCGGGGCGUUCCUUUUUCUGCCCCAGAGCCCAGGACUAGCAGCAGCCGAGGGGCGCCACGCGGGGAAGAUGAGCCUCACGCUGGGCUACUGGGACAUCCGUGGGCUUGCCCAUGCAAUCAGGUUACUUUUAGAAUACACUGAAACACCAUAUGAAGACAAACAAUAUCAUUUUGGAGAAGCUCCUGAUUUUGACACUAGUCAAUGGACUAGUGUGAAGGAGAAACUGGGCUUGGACUUCCCAAAUCUUCCAUAUUUGUUUGAUGGUGAGAGAAAACUUACACAGAGCAAUGCCAUUCUGCGAUACAUUGCACGCAAGCACAAAAUGUGUGGUGAGACGGAAGAAGAAAAGAUCCGAAUUGAUAUACUUGAGAACCAGUUCAUGGAUUUCCGAAUGCACUUUGCAAGAAUGUGCUACAGCCCAGAUUUUGAAAAAUUGAAGCCCGAGUUUAUUGAGCAGCUACCGGACAAGCUGAAACUGUUUUCCCAGUUUCUGGGGGAUAGAACAUGGUUUACAGGAAAUAAGAUCAGCUAUGUAGAUUUCAUUGCAUAUGAUGUUUUGGAUCGGCAUCUGAUGUUCCAACCAAAAUGCUUGGAUCAGUUCAAAAAUUUAAAGGAUUUCCUGGGCCGCUUUGAGGCACUGGAAAAGAUUUCUGCCUACAUGAAAUCGGGCCGUUUCCUGAGAACUCCUGUCUUCUUGAGAAAUGCCACGUGGGGCAACAAGAAAGAAUAGGAAUUUUGCUGUUCAAUCAGUGAGGAGCCUUGAAUCUCUCGCCUUCCUUUCAUGAUUUAGAACACUGCUUUUUAAUUGUGGGUCAUCAUCCUCAUUGCUCAGUAUUGGGGUGACAAAAACAUUGGCAACAGUAAAACAUUUUGGUACUCACCUAUUAGCUGUUUUAGACAUUUACACAAAUUUGUUUGUGCAGUGUUUACAGUGGACUUUGCAACAGAUGCUUCAGCUGUACUUCAUAAAAUGGAAAACUAGCUCGUUUUACAGGCCUUGCAAAUACAGAUUUAUUCACAGUA